UGCAGGCGCGCGCGGGGAGGCGCGAGGCUGGAGUUUCCCUUGGUGGCGUGCGGGGGAAAGGGGAGGGGCGGCACCCGCUGCUGGCGGGAGUGAGUGGUGAAGAGCAGGAGACUGCUCGCCGAGUGCUAGAGCUGGCCAAUCGUGCCCUCACCUCCUAUGCAGUGCUGCACUCCGCUUUCCUCUCCCCAGCCUCUCAAGCCGCCAUCAUGCCCAUCCUCUCCAACAUGGCUGACGUCACUGCCAUCCUCUCUGGCGGUUACUUUCAGGCAGAGCGGUGCAGAAUUUCAGUGGGACCCGCAGAGCUGAUGGCAGCAGAGGGAGUGGGUGCAGACGCUGCUGAUGCUGAUGCUGUACCAGCGCUGGCAGCUGGGUACCCAGGCGCCGUUGCGGCAGUGAGGGUAUCAGGCGCGUUCAAGCAAACAUCAGUGUCACACGGUGAUUUCUUGGGAGCAGUGCUCGGUACGGGGAUCACAAGAGACAAAGUUGGUGACGUCAUUCUGCUGGAGGGCGAGGGAGCACAGGUCAUAAUCGCUCCGGACCUUCAAGAAUUCCUGCUCUCAGCACUCACCGCGGUGCACCGCGUGCCAGUGACUGUGCACCCGAUUGCUCUCUCCGACCUCUCAGUUUCCCCUCCCAGAAUCGACACGCUUCGCACGGUGGAAGCUUCCUUGCGUCUGGACGCCGUCGCCAGUGCCGCCUUCCGCCUCUCCCGCUCCAAGUUCACCGACCUCAUAGCCAAGGGCGAUGUACGAGUGAAUUGGAGAGAGGCGAGUAAAUCAGGAGUGGUGCUCAAGAGUGGUGAUGUGGUGUCGGUGCGAGGGAAGGGGAGAUGCAAGGAAUGGAAGGGAAGAGUAUGGGCCAAGGCAGGAGUGGUGCUCAAGAGUGGUGAUGUGGUGUGGGUGUGGGGAAAGGGAGGUGCAAGGCAGGAGUGGUGCUCAAGAGUGGUAAUGUGGCGUAGGUGUGGGGAAAGGGAGAUGCAAGGUGAGAAGGGGUGGAGUGUGGUUGGGGGUUUUGGAGGGAUGAAAGGAGACGGGAUUGAGGAGUGUGGGAGUGCUGGUGAGUUGCGGGAUGCUGUGGAAGAGUGUGGAAGAGUGGCAAAGUCGUGCCAUGGGGGAUGGGACAGCCAUUGA